AUGACGGCUAAUCUACAAAGCAUUGAUCUAUCAAAAAAUAAGUUAACUGAGUUACCACUUCGACUGUUUCAAGCAAAGAAUAUAUCAUUUUUUUCUGUUGAACAAAAUAACUUGGAAGGGUCUUUAAGAAAAGAUACUUUUGAAGGCUUACAACUGAUCACUAAAUUGGACAUGAGCUAUCAAAGUAUUAAAUCAAUUGAAGAUUUUGCAUUUUUUGGUCUUGAUAAUCUAACUGAAUUAUUAUUAAAUAACAAUAAUAUAGAAUCGUUGUCCAACAAAUCUUUCCAGUCACUACGAAAUUUGGUGCAUUUGGAUCUAUCUAACAAUCGAAUAACUAUAAUUGAUUUUAAUAAAGAAGAUUUGGUUAAUCUUCGAUCUUUGUUGUUUCACAAUAAUUAUAUAGCAGUAAUCAAGUCAGAAAAUCUGCGUCAUUUACAUCUUUUAGAGUUUUUAGACCUAUCAAAAAAUAACAUAUCCAAAAUAGAAAGUCAAUCUUUUGAAAUACUAGGAAACGUUAACAAUUUAUUGAUAAACCAAAAUCCUUUAAGUGGUAAUUUGGAAGAAAAUACUUUUAAAGGUUUAACAAUGGUUCCAAAGUUAGAUUUGUCAAACACGGGGUUAAAUGUUAUAAUGAAUGGUUCUUUUAAUAGCAUGACAAAUUUAUAUUAUCUCAAUAUAUCCCACAGCAAACUUAACAUUUCUCAUAACGCUUUAUUGGUUCUCAACUACGGUGUAUUCCGUGGUUUGAUUAAUUUAGUUGUUUUUGAUACAUCGUUUAAUUUUAUAAAAAGUUUAGAGACAGAACGUUUUUACGAUGUUCCGAAUUUACAAGUACUUAUCGCCGAUCAUAAUAGAAUAACUGAUGUGUCGAUAGAUGAUUUUCAAGGAACUAAUAUAAAUAAAAUAAGCAUUGGUGACAAUCCGUUGCCAUGUGAAGUACUAAUGAAGUUAAAAAAGGCAAGUACAUCAAUUGCCAUAACUGCUUUAAGACACGUUGUGGACAAUGAAGAAAACAUUGAUGGUAUUUCUUGUAAUAAUAAUUUUCAUGAAUUUGAUUUUAAAAUAAUAUCGAAUGAAAAACAGCAUACCGGUAACUAUAACGAAAGUGUAUUAAAUGAAAUAAAAGAUAUUUUACUAAGCUUAGGAAGUGAAUUAGUUCGAAGCGGAGAAAGAACUGUUAAAAAUGAAAAUUUAUUAAGCCUUAAUAAUUUGCUGCAACAGUCGCGUGUAGAUUACAUUAACAAACUGAGUCAAUUAAGCAAUGUAACAUUAGAAUUAAACGAAAAACAGGAAACCAUAACUAAAUUACUCGAAAGAAUAUUAAAAGUAAUGGUAGCGAUCAAUUCUCUUAAUAGUUCGAUUAUACCGGUCAGGAGUAAUGUUACAUCGGAUAAUUUUAUCUACUAUUUAAAUAAAAUUAGGCAAGAUUUUGACAAUGCCAUGAUAUUAGAUAAAGAAAAAAUUCUUGAUGAAAUGGAGAAUAAAAUUUCUUUAAUGAUGAAACGUAUUCAAUCGGAAACUCAUACAACGUCUUCCUUGCCAAUAUUAAGUAAUCAAAAGUUGCCUUUAAAUUACGAGCCCAAGUCCUAUGUAUGA